UUUUCUCAGUCUGUCGUCUGACCCACGGUCUGACGGUCUGACUGAUUAUUGAGUUGAAAGGGUUGAAAGUGAUUUUUCACAUCGACAAGUCUAAGUAAUCCUUAUUGAAUAUAAAAAGUGCAUCAUUACUAUCAUCGUUGUAUAAUUAAAAAUAAAAGUAGCAAAGCCCGUAGAAUUGAAUCGUUCAUAACCUCUAAAAAAACUUCGACGUUCGUCAUCGUCGUUGUAUACGUUCUCAACUGAAUGCCGUAGCCGAAUUUCUUUUUGGAAAACGAAAUAAAUGUUGUAAGUGCUUACUAUAAUCAAAUUGAUAUAAUUCCCAAUUAUAAUGGGUUCAAACAAACGGCAUAAAACUGAGAAAACGCGAGAACCGAAGAAGAAGCGUCAGCAUCGUAGCAGAUCACGAUCGAAUUCUCCGGAACGUGAAAAAAGUGAUAAACACAGGCAUCACAAAAAACAUAAAAGAAAAGAACGCAAGGAUUACGAUAGUGAUGUGGAAAUCGUAAGUGCGCCUCCACCACCAAAAAUAUCUAGGAGUUCUCACCUUUUGACUCCGUCGCCACCUGAAAUAUCACGAGGUCACAGAGAAGAACAUUCGCCGCCAAAAGGUGGCUCAUCACAGGCAUCAUUGUCAAUUGAAGAAACAAACAGACUACGAGCAAAACUGGGUCUAAAGCCGUUAGAAGUUGAAACAACAACUUCCAAGGAGGAUGUCAAUAAGAUCAAAGAUGAUCUUGGCGAGUUCUAUCAUAAGCCAGCGGCAAAUACUAGUGACAUAAUUAAGUCACAAAAAAUUAAAGAGAAGCUGAACGUUCAGAAGCAGAAGCGUCAAAUUGAGUCAGAUUUAUUGAAAGUCAAACUAUUGGGCGAGGGUAAAGAAAAAGAUGACGAUUCGGAUGACGAUGCAAGAGCUUGGGUUGAGAAAAAUAGACGGUUACAGGAAGAGAAGAGAAAGGCAGAGGAGAGAGCAAAAAUGCUUGAUCAGCUGGACGAAGAAUUUGGCAUUGGGAAUCUUGUUAAAGAGGAGGAAGAUAUUCAGCGAAGAAGUGCUUACACAAUGAGAGAUUUAAGAGGCCUAAGGGUGGAACACGACAUUGAAAAUUUCCAAGAAGGUCAAACAAUGAUCCUCACUUUGAAGGACAAAGGAGUUUUGGAUGAGGACAACGACGUUCUCGUAAACGUCAACAUGAAAGACGAUGAGCGCUACAAACGGAGUGUUAUAAACAAAACGAGAAAGCCCGGCUACGACGCGUACGCGGAUGAGAAUUUCGACGAGUACGGAUUCCCGAAAGGCGGCGUUUUGGACAAAUAUGACGAGGAAAUCGAGGGCGAGAAGAAGGAGAGUUUCGCUUUGGGCAUCGACGAUGCGAACGAGCUGAAACAUUUCCGUGCUCAAAUGGUGAAACAUCGUUUAGCCAAUAAAAAACUGGAAACGCUUAAGCUUGCGGAGCCGAAACUAGCCAGCGAAUAUUACAACGAGGAGGAAUUGGCCAAGUUCAAAAAACCGAAAAAAAAGGUACGCAAAAUAAGACAAAAAAAGAUGCUGAAAGCCGAUGAUCUCGUUGCCGACAGUACCGAUUAUCUCAGAGAUCUUGGUAGCAGGAGAAAUCGCAGGGGUGCGGAGACCAAAGUAAACGAGGAACGAGAAGAAAAAAUGAGCAUCGAUGUCGAUGAUUACGAAGUGCCCGGGGAAGAUCUUUCAGGUAUCAAAAUCGAAGACAAUGAUAGAGAACUUGAAUUUCAGUUGGCAAUGAAGAAAGCCCAACGAUUAAAACGACCUCAAGUCUCGAGCAUCGAAAAAAUUGCUGCAACAAUAAAGAACGAAAAUGAAAAUGUUAAUGACAACCAGGCUGGUAAUAUAAUUUUAAACGCAACAGCAGAAUUCUGCAGAACUCUUGGGGAUAUACCGACUUAUGGUCUUGCGGGAAACCGCGAGGAAAAUGACCAAGAAAUAAUGGAUUUCGAAGUCGAUGGCGCGGAAGAGGAAGCCAUUCCUGAUAAUGAAGAAGACGAUGGUCGCGGAGCUUGGAACACCGUUCAUCAAAUGGAAAAGUCAACUAUUGAACCGGUUACAAUGGAAGCGGCCAUUUUAGAUGCGGAACCUUCGUUGGGUCAAGGAGUCGGUGGUGCUUUGCGACUAGCAAUGAGCAAAGGUUACUUACAAAAAGAAGACACAAAUCGUCCGUCGGCGUCACGUUUCGCACAUUUACAGGCACAGAAUUAUUCCAUAGAGGACAAAACUUAUGGGGACGACGACAAAUUCGGGCGACGCGAUCGAUUCAACGGCCCGACCUCGGAGUUCAAAGAGCGCGAUGGUUUUAAACCGAACGUUAAAUUGGAAUACAUCGAUGAUGAUGGGCACGUUCUAUGCGCUAAAGAAGCUUUUCGUUAUUUGUCCCACAAAUUUCACGGUAAAGGACCCGGCAAGAAUAAGGUUGAAAAGAGGAUGAAAAAGGCCGAACAAGAAGUUUUGAUGAAACGUAUGUCCUCGACCGAUACACCUUUGGGAACUCUCAAUUUACUUCAGGCUAAACAGAAAGAAACUCAGUCACCUUACAUCGUUCUAAGUGGCAGUAAACAUAUGCAAACAACAACUAUAUCAAAAACCAAGCAUUGAUGGAUACGCCAAUAGAACGCAGUGAAAUUGCGACCACAAUUUUUAAUUUUCGAUAAUAAUUAUAAGCGGUAAGAGACUAAUGAAUUGUCUGGAAAUACAAAAUUGAUUGAAGCUGAAAAAAUGUUUAUUUUUCACUAUCUAUUUGCUUAUUUUCAUUUUUCCUUCAUUCGGUGUUACAUUGGUACCGGUUGAAAACGAAGAUAACAUAAAAAAUGCAAAAACAAGAUCACAUUAGUGUGGAAGGUGUGUACGGUGGAUGCUUUUGAAAAAGGGACGAUUUUUGAAUUUACAAGAAUUCCUCUGUUUUUUUUUUUUUUUUUUUUUUUUU